GCGGCGCCAUAUUGGAGAAUUCAAACAAGCAAAGCGUAAUAUUCAGAAAACUACUGUGAUGUCUGGUGCUGAGAUGGAGAUACAGAAAUUGCGACAGCAGCUGUCUGAGAGUGAAACCAACCUCCAGAGGGCAGCAGAGAUUGGCAAGUCGCUGUUAGAGGACAACCGAGAGCUGAACAAGGAGUUAGAGGAGUCACGGAGGUCCAUGACAGCCAGGAUAGAGACUUUGGAGCAAGAGAAGUACAGCCUGCAGAUGAAGUUACAGAGCAAGGUUCUCAUGGAGCAGAAUUAUUCUGAGGAGAUUGACAACUUGAAGCAAACCUUGAGACAGCAGGCCGAGGAAUUAUCCCACCUCCCAGAUGCUGAACAUUCCUCCAAAGUGGCAGAACUGAAAAGUCAGAUAGAGUGUCUCCAGGCCAGUGAGGAGAGAUCUCAGCUGACAGAGCGCCAGAUGACAGAGAAGGUGGGGCAGCUGGAGGCGUUGUUGAAGGAGGCACAGGACCAGCUGGAGCAGGUGGUUACCAGGAUGAACGAGACGUGCAGCGAGGAGAUGGCACAACUUUACUCUGAGGUCACCAACCUGCAGUGUGAGAGGAUGAACCUCUCCAAGGAGCUGUCUGAGGCCCAGGCAGAGGUGCAGCAGCUCCAGUUAGAGGCAGGAUCACUUAGAAGUCAGCUGGCAACAAAAACUGAGGAGGUGGAGGAAAAGGAAUGCAAGGCCACAUCCUACUACAAUGCCUUGGAGACCUGCAGAGCUGAGGUCCAGGGGCUGAAUGUCCAGCUUGACCUGGCCAGAAUGGAUGCUGCUGACCACAAGGAGAAAGGAAACUCUUUGUUUGGUGAGCUGGAUGACAAGCGUCAGGAGGCAGAGAAGAAGUUGAUCUCCCUCAAGGUGCAGUUUGACUCCAUGAAGAGUCAGUAUGAGAUGAACAGACAACACCUGCACAAACUCAAAAUGCAGCUGGCGGCAGUGCUACAGAUGUCAGUAGGAAGAGCUGACGUAGCCCAGAUGGACAGAUUGCAAUCCCAGCUCACUCUGGCUACUGCCGAAAUACAGAGACUCACAGAGCAACUGAACAAGUAUGAAAAAUUGGAGUUAGCCAAGACAGGCCAGAUCCUGGACCAGUACAGCACAUUCAGCGGAAACACAGAUAAGAACUUUGUGGAUUAUCUACAAAAUAUGAUCAAAAACAAAGAUCAAGAAAUCGGUAAACUUCAGGAGGAGCUGCAUAGCAAGCGUUUCAAUCAGUUGGCAGAGAGAAGUCAAUACAUGGAUGUCCACAGCAAACUGUGUGAGACAGAAAGACAACUGGAGAAGAUGAGAGGAGACAACCUCAAACUACAUCUUCAGCUGGAGGAGUACAAACUGAAAUAUGAACCUGAUUCUGUGGCACACAAGAAAAUUAGAAAGGGAAAAGUGGAGAAGAUUCCAGGAUUUAGAAAAGAAGAAGAAUCAAGUCAAGCAGAGAGUGAUUGUGCAUUUUUACCUGAAAAAACUGGUCUUCAGUCAGCUGACAAAUCAAAACCUUCAGAUAAAUCAGACGUCCUAAGAGAAAACCAUGUGACGGAGUCUAAGAAAGAUGCAAACUCACAAACCAAGGACUUUAAGUCUGUACAAAAGAAAAGGGUGACGCUUUCUAAUGAUGUAGACGUCAUUGACAGUAGCACUACAGAGGAGGCAUCAGUUCAUAGUGCUGUCACUGAUGAGAACUUGGAGUGCCUUGAGAUGUCUGGAGACCCCGUGAUACAACCCAAGGUCAGGAAGGUGAAGGGAAAACAGACACAUUGUAAUGUUGUGAAAGUAGGAAGUGGUGCUGCCAAACUGGAGACAGACCAGUGCAAAACACAGUGAGGUGUUAAGACUCCACAGACAAGCUAUGUUAAUCGGCUGGUGGCAAGCUGUCUCUGGUGUUUGUGUUAACAGGCUGAUGGCAAGCUAUAUGUUAACUGGCUGGGGGCUGGUCCCCAUUUAUAUACAGCAUCUUCCUUCUAUUCACUGGCAGGUGCCCCCCUUGACCUCCCCCCUGACCUCUUAACAACAUCAGCUGGAACCAA